CCCGCCUGCCCGGGCCUCGCCUCUGACCGCUCUCUCCGCCUCCUCCCCGCCCCGAGCCCCAGUCCGCCCGUCCUUCCUUCCCCUCCCGUGCAUGAUGGAAACACCAUGGCUGCGGCGGCCCAGCUCUCCCUGACACAGUUAUCAAGUGGGAAUCCUGUAUAUGAAAAAUACUACAGACAGGUUGAUACAGGCAAUACUGGAAGGGUAUUGGCUUCUGAUGCUGCUGUUUUCCUGAAAAGAUCAGGGCUUCCAGACUUGAUACUUGGAAAGAUUUGGGAUUUAGCUGACACAAAUGGCAAAGGAAUCCUGAACAAACAAGAAUUCUUUGUUGCUUUGCGUCUUGUGGCAUGUGCCCAGAAUGGAUUGGAGGUUUCACUGAGUAGCUUAAACCUGGCUGUCCCUCCACCAAGAUUUCAUGAUACCAGUAGUCCUUUGCUAAUCAGUGGAACUUCUGUAGCUGAGCUCCCAUGGGCUGUAAAAUCUGAAGAUAAGGCCAAAUAUGAUGCAAUUUUUGAUAGUUUAAGCCCAGUGAAUGGAUUUCUCUCUGGUGAUAAAGUGAAACCAGUGUUGCUCAACUCUAAGUUACCUGUGGAUAUCCUUGGAAGAGUUUGGGAGUUGAGUGACAUUGAUCAUGAUGGAAUGCUUGACAGAGAUGAGUUUGCAGUUGCCAUGUUUUUGGUAUACUGCGCAUUGGAGAAAGAACCUGUGCCAAUGUCCUUGCCUCCCGCCUUGGUGCCACCUUCUAAGAGAAAAACGUGGGUUGUAUCCCCUGCAGAAAAGGCUAAAUAUGAUGAGAUCUUCUUGAAAACUGAUAAAGAUAUGGAUGGCUUUGUGUCUGGAUUGGAAGUCCGUGAAAUCUUCCUGAAGACAGGUUUACCUUCUAACUUACUAGCCCAUAUUUGGACAUUAUGUGACACAAAGGACUGUGGGAAGCUUUCAAAAGAUCAGUUUGCCUUGGCUUUUCACUUAAUCAAUCAAAAGUUAAUAAAGGGCAUUGAUCCUCCUCACAUUCUUACUCCUGAGAUGGUUCCACCAUCAGACAGGGCCAAUUUACAAAAGAACAUCAUAGGAUCAAGUCCUGUUGCAGAUUUCUCUGCUAUUAAGGAGCUAGAUACCCUUAACAAUGAAAUAGUUGACCUACAGAGGGAAAAGAAUAAUGUGGAACAGGACCUCAAGGAGAAAGAAGAUACUAUUAAACAGAGGACAAGCGAGGUUCAGGAUCUGCAAGAUGAAGUUCAAAGGGAGAAUACUAAUCUGCAAAAACUCCAGGCCCAGAAACAGCAAGUACAGGAACUCCUUGAUGGACUAGAUGAGCAGAAAUCCCAGCUGGAGGAGCAACUGAAGGAAGUUAGAAAGAAAUGCGCUGAGGAGGCCCAGCUGAUCUCAUCCCUGAAAGCUGAAUUAACUAGUCAAGAAUCACAAAUCUCUACUUAUGAGGAAGAGCUGGCCAAAGCUAGGGAAGAGCUGAGUCGCCUACAGCAAGAAACGGCAGAAUUGGAGGAGAGUGUGGAGUCAGGGAAGGCUCAGCUGGGACCUCUUCAGCAGCACCUGCAAGAUUCACAACAGGAAAUCAGUUCAAUGCAAAUGAAACUGAUGGAAAUGAAAGAGCUGGAGAACCGUAAUAAUCAGUUAAAUUGGUGCAGUAGCCCACACAGCAUUCUUGUAAAUGGUGCUACAGAUUAUUGCAGCCUCAGCACCAGCAGCAGUGAAACAGCUAACCUUAAUGAGCAUGCUGAAGGCCAAGGCAACCUGGAGUCAGAGCCCAUACACCAGGAGUCUCCAGCAAGAAGUAGUCCUGAAAUACUGCCUUCUGGUGUGACUGAUGAUAAUGAAGUGGCGACAACAGCUGUUAAUGAGAAAAUUUGCCCUGAAUUUAAUAGUGACAGACAUUCAAAAGAGGGAGAUCCAUUUAAUGUAGAAUCAAGCUCACUGACAGAUCCAGUUGCAGAUACAAACCUGGAUUUUUUCCAGUCUGAUCCUUUUGUUGGCAGUGAUCCUUUCAAGGAUGAUCCUUUUGGAAAAAUUGAUCCAUUUGGAGGUGAUCCUUUCAAAGGUUCAGAUCCAUUUGCAUCUGACUGUUUCUUCAAGCAGUCUUCUGCUGACCCUUUUGCCACUUCAAGUACUGACCCUUUCAGUGCAGCCAGCAAUAGCAGUAAUACAUCGGUAGAAAUAUUGAAGUACAAUGAUCCUUUUGCUCCUGGUGGAACAGUUGUUGUUGCAGCAAGUGAUUCAGCCACAGAUCCCUUUGCUUCUGUUUUUGGAAGUGAAUCAUUUGAAGAUGGAUUUGCUGACUUCAGCACAUUGUCAAAGGUCAACAACGAAGAUCCUUUUAGUUCAGCCACAUCAAGCUCUGUCAACAAUGUGGUCAUUAAAAAAAAUGUGCUUGAGGAAACAUCGGUCAAAAGUGAAGAUGUACCCCCAGCACUGCCACCAAAGAUUGGAACUCCAACAAGACCCUGCCCACCACCACCUGGGAAAAGACCCAUCAACAAAUUGGAUUCUUCUGAUCCUUUUAAACUGAAUGAUCCAUUUCAGCCUUUCCCAGAUAAUGAUAGCCCCAAAGAAAAAGAUCCUGAUAUGUUUUGCGAUUCAUUCACUUCUACUACUACUACCACUACCAAUAAAGAGGCUGACCCAAGCAAUUUUGCUAACUUCAGUGCUUAUCCCUCUGAAGAAGAUAUGAUUGAAUGGGCCAAGAGGGAAAGUGAGAGAGAGGAAGAGCAGAGGCUUGCCCGACUAAAUCAGCAAGAGCAGGAAGACUUAGAACUGGCUAUUGCACUCAGCAAAUCUGAGAUAUCAGAAGCAUGAAGAAUUCUCCUGUCCUUUGUCAACCAUACAAUAUUCUUCUUCCUGAAUACUGAAGCUCUUUACAGUGUGUAUCAAAACUACCUAUGAGCAUGGGAAUACAAAAGGUUUGAGAUUCCUAUAAAUGUGACAAAAGUUUGUUUUUAUUUCUUACUCCAUUUCAGAUUUGUCUUCCGGCCCCUCUCCCCCGCCCCCGUCAAAGCAGUAACCCAGUCAGACAACAUCACCUGUGCUCCUGUUCUGAUGUGUAUUUACUGUGAGCUUCUGCCUGCCUGUGCUCCUUUUACUUGUAAAGCUAGAGUACCCAAGCUUCUGCCUUCUGGAAUAUAGAGAAAUAGUUUCAUCCCUGUGCUACCCUUGUUCUGUAGUUACUCUGAUGAUAGCCAGUGGGUUUCUUAAAGUUUGCAGUAUUCUUUGAUUUGAAUAGUUGAGGGAGGGGAAGGGAAAGAACAUCCUAUUUCUUUUAUGAUAGUGCAAAUUGGCUAGUUUAAAGCAUAUGUUUGUAUUUCCUUAUAAUUAAAAUACUGUUCAAUUUGUUUUUAUAAGAAACAUACUUUGCAUAAAUUGACUCCACUAUUGAAAAAGGGAUGCUUUAAGGUUGAACCAUUAUAGCUUCAGACUCAAUCUUUUCCUAAAUAAAAAUGUUAAAGCCUCAUAUGUGAAACACAUUUUUAAAAAAUUUUCUCUGGAUUUAAAGAAUUUUAGAUGAACAGAUACCUCUCCAUAACUUUAAGUGCUAGACAGUGGAGAAAAUGUAUCACUUAACUAUACCCAUCAGUGUAAGGUAAGCAAAAAUCUAACAUAGCAGUUGUUCUGCCAUUGCUCUGGCACUGUCCCCUUUAGUCCAUGGUAGGUUUAUUUUUGUACUUUGCAGAAGAAACUUUAGCAUGUGAGAACUGGAAGGUACUUUAAACUUUUGUACAUAUAUUUUUUGUUUUCUUUAAUGAAGGCUCACUUACUUGAAAUGUAAAAACUUUCACCGAAUACAAAUGGGAAAAGUGACGUGUAUUAAAUCAUAUUAUUGCUUUUUGUCCAUCUUUGUGUUUUAAAAUAGUUUAUUCUCUUCCUGGUUUUUACCUAUAAAAUUGGCAGGCUAGCAAAAAAAAUCUUGUUUUUUUUUUUUAAUUGAGAGAGAAGAGACCUGUCAAAUUGUCAAAGCUCUUCAUGUGUUAAAAGUCUAUCUCCUGUAAAACUGACCUAGCAGGCAAGCUGAAUUUGAAAUAGACUGUGAUGUAGGCUGUAAACUGUGGAAUAACCUUAGUUUUCUUUUAACAUCAGUUACUGACUUAGGUAAUGUAUUAAAUACCAAGAUAAAGAAAAAUGCACCUACAAAAUAAUUAAAAGUCUCUGUGGUCACCAAGUCAAGGUGGUAUUGAUCUGUGUUAAUCAGAGUAACUUAUUGCCUAGUCUGUGAAUAAAUUCCAAAAUAUCCAAUUCA